GUUGCUUGCUUGGUUUCUACUAAGUUUACUUCUAGUUUUGUUGAUCUUGCUCAGUUGUACAAUAAUUAAUUACCAGUAUUCAUUUGCCGAUUUACCCUGUGUUUGGUUAUCACAUGUUGUGUUAAUUAAUAGCCUCGUGAAUAAUGGUUUCAUCGUGAAGAAUAGAGAGAGACUCGUAUAAACUAGUGACAGGCGGUUUGUAACUUUAGUAGUCCGACUGUCUACUAUCAACUCAAAGUUUGAACAUCAGUAGGAUAAGUUGGUGAUUUCUUAUUUAAGCUUUAAAAACUAUUGUCCUCUGCUAUGUCUAUCGAAAUAGAAUCAGCUGAUGUCGUUCGUUUAAUUCAACAAUAUUUAAAGGAGUCGAAUCUUACACGAACACUUCAAACAUUACAAGAAGAAACUGGUGUCUCACUCAAUACUGUUGACAGUGUUGACAGUUUUGUCUCAGAUAUAAACAAUGGUCAUUGGGACACAGUUUUAAAAGCAGUUCAAUCAUUGAAACUACCAGAUAAAAAGCUUAUUGAUCUUUAUGAACAGGUUGUUUUGGAACUAAUAGAGUUAAGGGAACUAGGAGCGGCUAGGUCCCUACUCAGACAAACAGAUCCUAUGAUUGUCCUAAAGCAGCAAGAAUCUGAGCGAUAUCUUCACCUAGAAAAUUUGUUGGCUAGAUCUUAUUUUGAUCCUCGAGAAGCUUAUCCUGAAGGCCAAAGCAAAGAAAAACGCAGGGCAGCAAUUGCACAGUCAUUAUCUGGUGAAGUGUCAGUAGUACCAUCCAGUCGAUUAUUAGCUUUGUUGGGCCAAGCACUCAAAUGGCAGCAACAUCAGGGACUACUCCCCCCUGGCACAACUAUUGAUUUGUUUAGAGGUAAAGCCGCUGUCCGAGAACAAGACGAGGAGAAAUGUCCCACCCAACUGUCAAAGCAGAUUAAAUUUGGUGUCAAGUCACACAUUGAAAGUGCCAAGUUUUCACCAGAUGGUCAGUUCUUAGUAACAGGAAGUGUAGAUGGAUUCAUUGAAGUGUGGAACUUUACAACUGGCAAGAUCAGAAAGGAUUUGAAAUACCAAGCUCAAGACAAUUUCAUGAUGAUGGAGGAGGCGGUGUUAUGCUUAUCAUUCAGUCGGGAUUCCGAGAUGUUGGUUUCAGGUGCUCAAGAUGGGAAGAUCAAAGUCUGGAAAAUAAUUACUGGCCAGUGUCUACGCAAAUUUGAAAAAGCCCAUUCUAAAGGUGUAACUUGUCUGCAGUUUUCCCGAGACAAUAGCCAAAUACUAAGCGCAUCUUUUGAUACUACAAUUAAAAUCCAUGGCUUAAAGUCUGGUAAAACUCUAAAGGAGUUUCGUGGACAUAGUUCAUUUGUCAAUGAAGUCAUUUUCAGCGGAGAUGGUCACAGCCUUCUUAGCGCAAGCAGUGAUGGAACGGUGAAGGUUUGGAGUAUAAAAUCCACCGAGUGUACUAGCACCUUUAAGUCGCUAGGAGCUGCGGAUAUUGCUGUAAAUAGUAUCCAUCUGUUGCCUAAAAAUCAAGAACAUUUUGUUGUAUGCAACAGAACUGAUACUGUUGUAAUCAUGAAUAUGCAAGGACAGAUUGUACGAUCAUUUUCAAGUGGUAAGCGAGAAGGUGGUGAUUUUGUUUGCUGCAGUCUCUCUCCUCGUGGAGAGUGGAUCUAUUGUGUGGGUGAAGACAUGGUGCUCUACUGCUUCUCUAUCUCUUCAGGAAAGUUGGAAAGGACUCUAAAUGUUCAUGAAAAAGAUGUCAUUGGCGUUUCACACCAUCCUCACCAAAACCUGCUUUGCACAUACAGUGAAGACGGGCUGUUGAGACUUUGGAAACCUUAAGUUAAGUUAGGUAUUUUUUUUUUGUUGAGUUAUUUGACUGCCUGACAGCGUUUUUGAGGUAAAAAUGGAUAGACCUCCCUACUUUUUUAUUUCAAUUACCGUAAACCUUAGUAGGCCUAUCAUGCAGUUGGACACUGCCCCAAUUCACACAAGCUUUUAGGGCUAAUUUCCUUAUUUGUAUCUACCUAUUUUUGUGUUUUUGGGAGGUUUAUUUAAGAUGGUUUUGUGCAUUAAGUAUAAAGGUAAAACACUGUUGUUAGGCCUAACUUACUUGAGGUUCAUAGGAAAAUGUUUCUUAAGCACAAUUAGGCUAGUUUUUAGCCUAAUUUAUUAUUUUUUUCCUUUUUAAUUUGCCAAUCUGCAUUUUUAUUUGAAAGGUUAUUUAAUCUUACUAGUAGGUAACUUAUCCUAUUCAGAUAUUUUGUUUGUUUUGUUGGUAAUCAACCUAGAAAUAUUUUCCAUCUGCUGAUUUAGCCUAGUUUUCAAAGAUUACCUUAUCCAAUUAAUUGUACACUUUAAAGGCAAACCCAAUAGAGUCAAUUUUGUGUUAAUUUGUGUAUUAUGUAAGUUACUUGGACUAGUGUUGAAUUCAGAACCAACAAAGAUUUCAAAUAAAUGCAGUGUUUUAA